AUGGUGCGCUGGCGAUGCCAGGCCGAGGGUGCGGCGCAGGCGGGGGUGCACCUGGGCAGCAGUUUCUUCAGCGAGAUCGACCCGAGCUUUUUGUUCCAUCUGUCGUCUUGGCGGCUGAAGCUCUUCGGACGCUGGAGCCGCCCUGAGGACAUCAUGCGCCUCGAGGGCCGAGCUCUGAUUGCAGGCGACGCGGCGCGGGCCAGUGCUGAGGCGGCGUGGCCCAGAGCCCUCGGCGAGACCGCAGUCCAGCGGGACAUCGUCGAGCAUGAGCGCUUCCUCGGGGAUGUCGAGCAGCGCGAUCAGCCAGGGCGCGACCACUCUGGCCAGGGCACCGCCGAGCCGCAUGCUGUCACGUCGGACGCGGUGGGAUGCCUCGUGACGGCAGCGGUGCGCUCUGGGCGGAAGGUGGUGAGAUCAGAGGUCUUGAGGCGACAGCGGGCAGUCGCGAGGUUCGACCGCUGCGCCCACAUGCGGAGCGACGUCGAGCCUGGAUUAAGCUUCUUGCAGACCAACAAGGUGAAGCCGCCCACACGCACCGCUUUCAGGGAACGCGCGCGGAACUUCCUGGAGUGGGCCAACGAGGGCUCGCUGGAGGAGAUCGCCGUCACGCGCCUGGACCAGCUGGCCGCGAAGUACCUGGACGUCCUGUUCUUCGGCGGGAUGGAGGUCGGCGAGGGGUCGAGGCUGUUGGCGGCCUUGCAGCACCUGAGGCCCAGCUUGGGCACAGCCAAGCACGGCAACAUCCCCGUGGCGCGGGCCGCAAUGGCGGGCUUCCGCAGGCGGGCCCACGGCACCUCGAGGGAGCCGCUGUGCCGACCGUGGGUGAUUGCUCUGGUCGGGGUGAGCCUGCUGCUGAAGGACCUCGGGUUUGCGGCGGCGCUGUGGCUGGCGUGGGGCGGCAUGCUGCGGCUGCCGUCGGACUUGGUCAGCUUGACCACCAAAUCCCUGAUCGGGCCUGGUCGCGGCAAGACGCCAAGAUGGGCCUUGCUUCUGCGCCUGAGCGGCGAGGAAGCGAGGAGCAAGAUCAUGGGCGCCGACGAGGGGGUCAUCUUGCUGGAGCCAGCCUGGCGCCAGGGCGGCGGCAGCGCACUUCGGCGAGUUCGGAGCGCGCGGGGCCCCAAUUGCCCGCUGCGGUCGUUCGACGGCCCGACGUUCACGCGGCGGUUCGAGGAGAGGCUGGCUGCGAUCCCUGGGGCGCCGUCGGCAGUGCCCUAUCAGGUUCGCCACGGUGGCGCAAGCCACGCGGCGGCGCUCCAGGGAUUACCUCUCGCGGGUAUCGGCGAGCGGCUCAGACGCGCCAACCCGCACAUCAGCUUGCGCUACGCCAAGCACGUCCGCUACCUGUCGCCGCUGGACCAGGCGCCGCUCGCGGUGACGGAGUGGUCCGACAAGGUGAUGGCCAGGCUCGGGCCUCUGCUGGACGGCACGGAGUCGCUCGAGGCCCCCGCCUUCAUGCAGCCGGCGGUGCUGGCGGGCUUGCGCGCCAGCUACGCCACGGUCUUCCUGGGCUCCCCGGAGUGCGUCUGCGUGGUGCUGCGGGCGCUGGCGGAGGGCGCCGCGUCCGCGCCCGUGCCCUUCGACCUCUGCGCGGUGGUCUCGCAGCCGCCCAAGCGGGUGCGCAAUAAGCCAGCCACGAAGACGCCCGUCCACGAGCUGGCGGAGGAGCUCGGAAUCGAGCACGUCUGGACCCCUGGCAACGCCAAGUACGAGCCCUUCUUGGAGGCCCUGGAGGAUCAGAGCUGGCCCCAGACGUGUGCAUCACCGCGGCGUACGGGCACUACCUGCCCAAGAGGUUCCUCAGGACCCCCCGGCUGGGCACCCUGA